AUGGUCGUAGAGGACUCUGAUAUUAUUUCUCAAGGAGAGGUUGAGUCAAUAUUGCAACCGACCCAACAUCCCAAGGUCCAAAAACCUUCAUCAAUAGGCCGACAGUCAUCCAUAUACUCGCUUACUCCAGAUGAGUUUCAAAAGAGUCUUAGUGAGAAGGGCAGAAACUUUGGCUCAAUGAACAUGGAUGAGUUUUUCAAUAACAUAUGGACUGCUGAAGAAAAUCAAGCUACAAACAUCCAAGCAACAACUGCCACAGCCACUGGUAACAAUGUUAAUGCAAAACAGAAUAUCUUGCAUGAAAGUAAUGCUGCAACGGCUAAGGUUUUCUUAGUAUUUGCAAGCCCGUGUCAGAAAACGGUGGAUGUGUGGUCUGAUAUUCACAAAGAUCAGCAGCAACAUAUUAAUGAAACUCGUGUUCAGAAUCCCGGUACUACUCGGAGACGGCCGACAUUUGGGGAGAUGAUACUGGAAGAUUUCUUGGUUAAUCCUGGAGUUGUACGAGAACAGAAUCACCCCCCACCCCCAGUGCAGCCUUAA